UCCAGAAAUGAGUGGAUUCAUGGAUGUUUUUCUUGUCAAAUGAAUUUGGUCAAAACUUCCAACUAAACAACGAAUAAAUAUUCAAAAUGAAUCUGGAGACUAUUGAACCAGCCAUCGAUUGUGAUGAGGAAACGGUGAAAGAAAUUCUUAAUUCCAAUAUUGAUUUAAGAGAAUAUUCUGCCAAUGUUGAAAAAUCUUUAUCCGAAUUGGAAAACAAUACUAUUGCUGGUUACAUCAAGGAAGCUGAUAACAUUUCUGAAUUGCAUUUACAAAUCACUGAUAGUGAUAAAAUCUUGGAAAGAUUAGAGGGAAUGUUAUGUGCUUUUCAGGCCGAUCUUAGCAAUAUUUGUCAGGAGAUAUUAUCAUUGCAAGAAUUGUCAGCUUCGUUGAAUAUACGUUUGAAGAACAAACAAGCCAUUCGUAAUCAAAUGAGCGAAUUCAUUGAUGAUAUAAUUAUUCCUGAAUCCGUGAUUAAACAUAUUGUCGAUACUCCAGUUUGUGAGAAAGAAUUCCUUGAACAAUUGAUCAUUUUGGAUCAUAAAAUUGCAUUCGUCAAGGAGCAAUCAUUUCGUGAAGCAAAAGCUUGUGUUGAUGUGAUGGAAAUAUUGAACAAUCUUAAAUCGAAAGCUAUUAUCAAGAUACGUGAAUAUAUUCUGAAAAAAUUUCAUCGCAAAAAACCAAUGACCAAUUAUCAUAUUGUUCAAAAUGCUCUGUUGAAGAAUAAAUUCUUUUUCAAAUUUUUAGCUACACACGAAAGAGAUAUAGCAAGAGAAAUACAAAAUGAAUACAUCGAUACGAUGAGCAAAAUUUACUUUUCAUACUUCAAAGAAUUUAUUCAUAAAUCUACAAAAAUGAUGUAUGAAGAUCUACCCGAUAAAGAUGACUUAAUGGGAAAUGAUGAUUCUCAUAAGGCCAAUAAAAUUUCAAUAUUUAACCUCAAAUCCAAUGUUGUUAAGCAUCGGCCUAAUAUUUUUUCUUUGGGUGAUAGAGAAUCGUUGUUGACAAUUGAACUUGAAUCGCCAUUGAUUGUCGUGCAUGCUGCAACUAAAAACGAUAUGAAAUAUCCAUUGGAAAAUGUUUUUCGUGAAAUACAAUACGCUUUUUUUGAUCAUGCUUGUCGUGAAUAUUUAUUUAUGAAUGAAUUUUUUAUGGUCAAUUCUAAAACAUCACAUGAUUUAUUUUAUACGAUUUUUGGAAAAACUUUGGAUCUACUUUAUAAGAAUAUUGAUAGUCUUUUCUCUCAAAGUUAUGAUGCCAUAGCGUUAUUUGUUUGUUUGCACAUAAUUUAUCGUUAUCGAAUAUUAUCGUUGAAACGUAACGUAAUCGUAUUGAGUCAUUAUUGGGAACGUGUUGUCAAGACUAUAUGGCCACAAUUUGAACAAGUAUUUUUGAUGCACAUUGAAAGCAUAAAAUUCUGUGAUCUAAUCAAGAUAGCCACAAUCGAUAUGAGACCUCAUUAUAUUACCAGACGAUUUGCUGAAUUUUCCGCUGCUAUUGUCACAAUCAAUGAUACGUUUCCAGAUGUUCGUGUUACUAAUUUAUUAUCCAUAUUACAGAACGAAGUUAUGAAUUUAAUAUUACGAAUGUCAACCAAAUUUUGUAAACCAAAAGAACAGUAUGUUUUCAUCAUCAAUAAUUAUGACACAAUCUUGGGCGUCCUUUUGGAACGUAAAAAAGAUGGAUCAAAUGAAGCCGAAACGAUGAGAGAACAAUUGAAUAAAAAAAUAAUGGAUUUUAUUGAAGAAAUGUUGUAUCCUCAUUUUGGAGCUAUGAUUUCAUUCGUUAAAGAAUCUGAAGUGUUAACAGAAAAAAACGAUACAGAAUCGUUGAAACGAUUGGAACCAAGAGUUGGUGAUUUGAUACAAAAUUUCAACAAUAAUUGGCGACGAUCAUUGGAACAGGUUUCCAAAGAUAUAAUGGCAUCAUUCACUAAUUUCCGUAAUGGAAAUAACAUUCAACAGAUUGCCUUGACACAAUUAGUGCAAUAUUAUCAUAAAUUUCAGAAAAUUGUCAGUCAACCACCAUUCAGCAAUAAUCCUUUAAGAAGCGAACUGAUCAAUAUUCAUCAAUUAAUGGUUGAAGUGAAAAAAUAUAAAACGAAUUUCUAAUAUCUUUAUUGUUGGCUUUUUUCUUUUUCUAUCCCAGCCCAUUUCCGAUAUAUUUUAUUUAUUUCGAAAAUAAAA